AUGAACUUUGAUGGGGCUAGCAAAGGAAACCCGGGUUUGUUAGGGUAUGGAGCGGUCAUUAGAGGUGAGAUAGGAGAAUUUUUAGAGGUUGUAAAUGGGCAAGCUGGAUAUGUAUCCAAUAAUAUAGCAGAAAUAGCCACCCUUGAGGAAGGACUCAAAUGGGCUAUAGAUAAUGGAUUAUCUAAAGUGGUCAUUAAUGGAAUCAUUAACAAACAUUUUUUGAAUUGGCGGUUGAAUUCCUGGAUCCCAAGAAUUUAUGACCAUUUGUAUAAACUAGAGGAUUUUCAGAUCCAGCAUGUAUAUCGAGAAGGCAACCAAGUUGUGGAUCUCUUAGCAAAUCACAGGAUAAAUAAUGUUCAACCAUCUGUCUUUUCGAAUGCAAAUACAGUCAACAGAGAAAUCUUGCAGAGAUUGCAAGAGGACGCCGCUCAUAUCCCUAAGUUUGGAAUUGGCUGA